CUCACAGCCAUUCCUAGGGCUUCAUCCUCUGUUCCCACUUUACUCUGUUUUAAACGUUGUAUGUGAAGCAGCUUACAAUCGUAAAGUCUUUCCUUUUUCAGUGGUGAACCGACAGUAGAUGCAGACGUGCGUCACAUGCAACGUUUCAGCCGCACACUCAAUUUGGGUCCCCCUCCACGCAGAUGUUGCUUUUUUUUAUUCCACUCGCGCAGAUUUUGCCUCUGCCAUUCGUUUUCAAUAUCAUCGCAGCGUCACUUCCGCGCGAAGAUGGCCGUGGAUGACCUGCAGUUCCCCUCUGAAUCUUCAUCACGCUAAGCCGACGGCAAGCCUCGCGUGUUCUCUACUUUGCCGGUCUCGAGUGUGCCUAGAGUGAGAAUCGGCAGCGGUGGCUGCCUUUUCCACCUGAGGAAAUAUCAAAAAGCGACACUAAAUAUCGCGGGGUUCAAGAGGAAUCGGAGAGCGUCCCCUGUACUCUCGACAAUCGAUUAAGGCGGCACGCUUUCUCGUGGUCAGCGCGGUUUCCCGAAUCUUACGUUUUUAGAGAGAUGUUGUCCAUUUGGAGAAGUUUUCCUGGAAGCGUCCAGGGCGGCGAACUCGCGAGUUUCUCUACUCGCAGCCGUGAGGUGAUGUGGGCGCUGCACCAGCGACUCUCCACAGAAAAAAGACGAGCGCCUGCGUCUCCGUCCCUUGAGCUUUUCCCCCGAGACUCCGCAGCUCUUGAGUUUCAGUCACCUGGCUCAAGCCGAGCCCCCAAUGCACAGAAUCAAUGCAUGCAGUCUCCUCUUCACCAGCAACUUCCGUGUGCCACAUCUCCAGGUCCUUGCUCUUCUUUAACCGCCGACAGAGACGGCGGCACUCGUGGCGCCUGGGUAGGUAGUAGGUUAAGCGAGACGAAGGGCCGCGGCUCCGGACGACGCUGUCUGGAGUUUUCUGCGACACAGGGUCUCUUUUCGAGGUCUCUUCAGGAGACACAUGCAAGCGAAGAUGUGUUGAGCGAGAGGAACUGGUCUGUGAAGGCAGCACGGUGUCCCUUCCGUGGCUGGACCCCCGGAGCGUCGACCUCCCCGCAAACUAUGACUGAGAGGCGCAGGUCUCCCGAGGCCGCUACGCCUGCUUCUCCAUUCGAGAAGGCGAGGAUGUUCUCUUCGCUCGUCCUCGGCGCGGUCGCCUCCUCUCCUUCCUCGGAGGGAGCCGCAUGCAUGUCCCCGUUCUCGCCGUCCUCGGCUUUCGCGGCUUCUACUAAACGAGGAAAACGGUAUAUUCCUUUUCGGACUCCACGAAACCCCAAGAGCAAGCACAUCCUCGCCACCCCGCCUCCACUCUUUGCCGCGACCGCGCUGGACGCGGCGUCGCUGUCACUGCCCGCGGACGCACAUUUGACCGCCGACGACUCAGGCUCUUUACAAUGCCUCCAACUCUCCCCCUUCCACGCGGUCCGCGUUUUCCAGGCGUUUCUGCCGCUUGCGCCGAAGCGCCUCGCCGACAGCGAAUAUCCGCGUUUCCUCGGGGACACGGAACCGCUCUUCUCCGCCACAAAGACGGAUGACACGCUGCAGAAAGACGAACAAGCGGAGGCGCCGAUGUCGCCCGCGCCUGCUUUCGGCGACGAGGCGCUCGUCUACCUCACGCUGAACGUAGCUGCGGAUCUGAAGCGCGAAUCGGUUCGUGGUGUAUGUACACUCCAACACGGCGUCGGCAGCAACGUGCGACUGGCCGUCUUCUGCCCCGACGAAGAAGCUCCCGCCAUGCUGGCUCUUGGAGCAGACUACGCUGGCGUGGAUGCUCUGCUGCCUCGGAUUGCCAAAGGAUGGGUGGGCUUCGACAAGACAUUGGCAGUUGCAAGCGUCAUGCCAAAACUCCUCAAGGUCGCGCGAGUGCUCGGACCGCGGAAACUGAUGCCUUCUCCCAAGUCCGGCACCGUCGUCACGAAUCUUUCUGAGGCUGUUCGAGCCGUGAAGCGAGGCGAGACCGUCGAGUUCCGCGCUGAAGGCGACUCUGGCGAGGUGCGAAUCGUCGUGGGGAGACAAGACUUCGAGGCCUCUCAGCUCCUUGAAAACAUCAAAUGCGUCGUCAAAGAGGUGCUGAAGGCGCGGCCGCGGUCGAGUGGAGCCCGGCAGGACGAAGCCACUCAGGCGUUCGCUCGUUCCUUUGUCUGGCCGCCGCUUCACUUUGUUGAAAGGCGCCGGCGCCUCCUUAUGGAGAAGAAUCUUUUGCCGGCAAUACCUGAGCUGGCGGGAGGGCGCGCGCGGCAACAAACUACGAACGCCGACGCGUUCAUCGUGGCGGGAUCUCUCUGGGCGCAAGGAACGCCUGCGAUUCAAAUGGAUCCUGCGCAGCUGCUGCCGUCGUCUGUCGGUUACUACCGUUGAACUUGGAGAAAGGAACUCGUUUUCACGGAGGACGGAAUCUCAAUUCUCUUUUUCGCCUGCCUCACAGACAGGCAGCACUGGGGACCGACCCGCCCCUCGCGAGUCACCGUUUUCUUUCUUCUCGCCAGCACUACUGGCACAUGGAAAGUGCUUAUAGUUCCAGUUUCAGACACGUAUAAAUGCUUACACAUGCAAGCAUAUACAAAUGUAUACAUACAUAUAUAUUUAUAUAGACAAUAAUAUUCAUGUAGUUAUUAGUUUUUAUAUGUAUACAUUUACCUAUAGGUGUGAUGGCAUGUGAGCAUCGUGGCUCGUGUGUCGGCGUCUUCAGAGACAGCCUUUGUUAGUUUGGGCGGCAUGCGAUGGGCUGUUUGCACUCAACGCUCUAUCUUCUGUCUGCGUUCCACUAAUUCAUCUCACUCUUUGGUCGAACUUUCUUUUCCUCACUCUUGGAUCAGAUUUCUUUAUUUCACUCUGCGGCUGAGAUUUCUUCUUGUCACUCUGCGUGGUAGACGAGCACGGCAAACGUGGAGGGCAGAGCCGUCCAGUCGAGCACCGCGGUUCUCAACAGCGCGUGGAGAACUCUCCUCUGAAGACUAGACACGAACUGCAUGUGGAAAAUACCCUUUCUUUUGUUGAAACUGGACGCAAAUCUACUGCUGACAAGAGGCCUUCAGUGAACUAACAGGAGUCUAGUCCGACAGUCGUGAACGGUGAUACACCUAAACUCUGUUCCCUCGUUCUUCU